UCACAGCAAGGGCACUAGGCUCAAUUUCAUUUUCUCUUGUGUUGCCGAUAUUGCUUGGAGAGCCAUCGAUCUCCGAAUGUGACAUACCCCGGCCGCUUUCGUCAGAGAUCGGCAAUCACCAGUCCGACCUAGACAAUAUAUGAUCAACAGCUUAUUCGCUCCACAAUUCUGUUCACAAGACUAAAUAGGACUCUUAUCGAGGACCCAACUCUACCACAUUCGACGAACGCUUAAUUUCGCUUCUUGACUGCUUUCUGUCGCGAACUUCAACCCAACAAUGCCCUCUAUUCAAGACUCUCCUGUCCCUGUUAUCGACUUCGGCCUGUUUCUCAACGCGACCUCGCCACAGCAGAGGAAACAGGUCGCCGAGCAAGUUUUCCAUGCUUUUCGCACAGUUGGCUUCGUGUAUCUCAUUAACCAUGGUAUUCCUGUGGAGAUGAUGGAUGAUGCAUUUGCAUGGUCGAAGAGGUUUUUCGAUCUUCCCCUCGAGGAAAAGAUGAAAUGCCCUCAUCCUCCGAGUGGCGAGUAUCACCGUGGCUACUCUGGCAUUGGAAAGGAGAAAGUCUCUCAAAUGGUGUUCGAUAAGGAGAAACUGGCUGAACUGCGCAAAGCACCUGAUGUGAAGGAAUCCUUCGAGUCCGGGUCAGAGGCCGACACUAAGUACCCCAAUCUCUGGCCUGAUCCUGCUGCCAUCAGUGGAUUCCGCGAGUUUUGUGUCAAGUAUUUCACCACCGCACGGCAGACCCAGAUGGAAGUGAUGCACGCGAUCGCGCUGGGCAUGGGUAUAGACGAGAAUUUCUUCGACAUCUACCAUACUGAUUCAACCAAUCAACUCCGGCUGUUGCACUAUCCGCCUGUCGAGGAGAGUGCACUGCGAGGUGGCGAGAAGGAGCGUAUCGGCGCUCACUCUGACUUUGGAACACUCACGAUGCUUUCUCAAGAUGAUUGCGGUGGACUCGAGGUGGAAGAUCCUCACCAUCCCGGCAUCUUCAGCCCUGCUCCGCCUAUUCGUGGUGCCCUUAUUGUCAAUAUCGGCGAUUUCUUGAUGCGCUGGUCCAACGAUGUACUUAAGUCGACAUUGCAUCGCGUUCGUGCGCCGCCAGUCAAGGAUACGGACAAGAUCGACGCAUUGGGCGCCACAGUGCGCAUGACGCCACCUAGAUACUCAAUUCCUUAUUUCUGCAGUGCUAACCGUGACACCGUGAUCGACUGCAUACCCGGAUGCUGGAGCGAAACGGUGCCCAAGAAGUACGAGCCGAUCACGGCGGGCGAGUAUAUCGCCAUGCGGAUGAAUGUUACGUACUGAACAAUUACCUAGCUCGUAAGAGGUAGGUUAAUGUCAUUCCGGGAAUGCGUCGAGGUUUUUCGUGUAGGAGAGUUUAUGGAAAUUUGUUUUAUUCUGUGGAAACCUGUUUUCUUCUAUUUGCUUCCUUUUUUAUUCUCCGCUUCCCCUCUCGGCUGUGUGUUUUGUGCCAGUUUCUUCCGCUCUCUAUUUACGGGUCAUUUCAUCCGUACUUUCUCCCUACAGUACUACUGGAUAUCUCUCAUUUCCUCUUUCUGUCUUUCGUUUUUUGCUUCCCUCUCCAUGUAUAUGCAUGUGAUUCC